UUAAAAUCUCGUCUCUUUGCACAGAGAAAUAUAUAAAUACGGGCAAAAAGUUGAGACCAUAACUCACUCCCUAGAGCCAAAAAAAAAAAAGAAGGAAGGAAAUGCUUUUAUCAAAUCAAAAUCAAAUGCUUCAAUAAAUAAAUCACUGAAAAUUAAUUCUACACUGUUGCAGAGCGUGUUAACACGUGUGGUGAGACCACCCCCUUCUUUUUUGCUGUAUCCAGAUUACCCCUCUCUUCACAGUGUAAAAAAGCAAUCAACACCCAACAUUCUUUCUCUCAGGUCAUCCUGGAAAAGAAAGCAAGGUCUGGUCUUUUUCAUUAGUUGAACUUCAACUAAGAUGUCUGAUAAAACCACUUUUCCGAAGCUUAGAUGUUUUUGCUUCCUAUCUUUGCCCUUCUGCUACUCUUUCAAAACUCACCUGCUUUGGUUUCUCCAAUGGCGGCUAUAGAUUCUUCAGCUAAUUAAGCUCCCAACAUAAUUAGUUCUUUACUGCUAUAUGUUAUCUAUCUUUGUCUUGGAUUCUUCAACUACUAGUUUCUUGACAAUAAGUUAUUGGUUUUCGAGUAUUAAAAAGCUUGCAUGUCUAGUGUUAGUCUAAGAUCUUUAUUAGAUAUUCUAGGGCAACUUAGAGAUUUGUACUUAAAACCAAAGUUGCCUAGAUCUUUCAGGGAAUGAGCUUAAUUGAUUACUUUACAACCUAUCCUUUCGUGUGAAAAGACCAUGGAGGACUUGUACAGGCUUGAUGAUCCUAUAAUCUCGUGUUCAAAUGAUGUUGUAAAGGUUAAUAACUUUGCUGUAACAAACUUUAAUGCGGCUGCUACCGCUGAUUUUCCCAGUCCAGUCGAUCAUUUGCUUCAAUUUGAUCAUCAAACAGCUGAUACAGAUGCCACUGGAUCAGAUAUGUCUGAUCUGAUCAAGACCCAGAUCGCCAGUCACCCACGUUAUCCAAACCUAGUAUCUGCUUACAUAGAAUGCCAAAAGGUUGGAGCACCGCCUGAGCUGGCCUCUCUUCUUGAAGAAAUUGGCCAACAGAACCACCCUAUAAGCUCUUGCAGUGAGAUAGGAGCUGAUCCAGAACUUGACGAGUUCAUGGAAUCAUAUUGUGAGGUUCUUCAUACAUACAAAGAGGAGCUAUCAAAGCCGUUCGAUGAAGCGACAACGUUUUUAAGCAACAUCGAAUCACAGCUAAGUAAUCUCUGUAAAGGAGCCCUGACAAAAACCUUGGAUUAUCGCUCUGAUGAAGCUGCUGGGACUUCAGAGGAAGAGUUAAGUGGUGGGGAGGUGGAAGUUUCUGCUAGUAAAGAAUCGACGGGUGGCCGUCCAAGCCAGGACAUCAAAGUAAUGCUCAUGAGCAAGUACAGUGGCUAUUUGAGCAGUUUGAGAAAAGAAUUCUUGAAGAAAAGAAAGAAGGGAAAGCUACCAAAAGAUGCAAGGAUGACACUGGUAGAUUGGUGGAACAAUCAUUAUAGAUGGCCAUAUCCUACGGAGGAGGAGAAGUUGAAAUUAUCAGAGAUAACAGGACUAGACCAGAAGCAAAUCAACAAUUGGUUCAUCAACCAGAGGAAGCGGCACUGGAAACCAUCGGAGGAUAUGAAAUCUGCUCUUAUUGAGGGCUUUGCUGGAAAUAUCGGAGGACCUAUGUAUUUAGAUACUGGAGUUGGAACUGGAAGUGAUGAUAUUUGAUCAAACAACUGGAUUUUUAAGACACGCUUUAAUAUUAUUUAGUUUUACAAUAUAUUUGUCUGCAAGCAACACACGUAUGUAAAUGUUGUUAUUUUUAAUCUUUUACCUAAUAUUUUGAAAUUAUUAAAUCAUAAUGUUGAUAUUUCAAUAAUAGUAAUUCAUUAUAUGCCCUAAAUUUAUAAUUUGCUGUGGUACAUGCAAGGAGCUCCUGAAAAUGUUGCAAAAAAAGACAAAAGAAACACAAAAAGAUGCAACAUGGCGUCCCCUUUAGCCCAUUGGUGCCACUGAAAAUGAAACUUCACUGGUCUGGGAGUGGCAAACUGAAACCCUGCAGUGUACUUGAUAGCUCAGUGAGGAGUCAAACAUGAGAUUGGAAAAAGCACCAGUUUCUGGUGUUCCCUAGCUUGUUUGAUGAAUUUGGUUUUGGUCCUAAUGACUUUCCAGACUACUGGUUUUCAUGUUACUUUUCUUCAAAGUUUCAUUCAAGGACUCUUUUUGAGAGUUAGCAAUGAGUGUCUCUAAACAUAAGGACUAGCAUUUUCUUUAAUGUUGUGUGUAGUCUUGCAAGUAACUGUGAGUAGCAUAAAAUGUAAGGCACUCUUAGAUUCUGUGAAGUCAUGUGCUUUUAACUAAAAGCAUCUCUUUGUGGUACACUUUUCUGGUGAACUUUUGUUUGCUUUGCCUUUUUCCAUUCAAGAUAUAAAAGCGUGUUAGUAUUAAUCUGGGAAAUGAAAUUUCGAACCAAAAUAUAGUUUUGUGUUUGAUUUAUUUGAAUCGGAUAAUGGUUUAUUAUAUGUCUUUUAUCUAUUGGUUUAGUGGUUAAGAGGCUCUAAAAAAGAUAUGUAGACGUUAAGUUUUAAUUUCAUCAUCUCCCUUC